AGUCAUAUAACUCUAUAUGAAGCCCAAGAGCAAUGCAGAAUUCAUUGCACCUCCAACUCACAGCCCAUCAGUGCUCUUUCCUACCUCCUAUUAGCAGAAGAACCAUGGAUUCCAAAAACCAGCAGCUGUACCAAUCCAUCUUCUUUGCUUUGCUAUUCAUUUUGGGAACUUUGGCUUCUCAAGCUGCAUCUCGUUCCCUUCAAGAGGAAUCAAUGUAUGAGAGGCAUGAGCAAUGGAUGACUAGCUUUGGGCGUGUCUAUAAGGACACCGCUGAGAAGGAGGAACGUUUCAAGAUAUUCAAGGCCAACGUGGAAAUGAUAGAAUCUUUUAAUAAAGCCUCAAACAAGCCUUACAAGCUUGGGGUUAAUCAAUUUGCAGAUCUUACAAACGAAGAGUUCAAAUUGCGCAAUAGGUUCAAGAGUCAUGUCUGCACUGCAGCUAAGCAACUAUUCAAAUAUGAGAAUGUGACCGCAGUACCAGCUACCAUGGACUGGAGGAAGAAAGGUGCUGUAACACCUGUUAAGGACCAAGGCCAAUGUGGAUGUUGUUGGGCAUUUUCAGCUGUGGCAGCCAUGGAAGGAAUUAACCAAUUAACAACUGCUAAGUUAAUCUCGCUAUCUGAGCAAGAGCUAGUUGAUUGUGACGUAUCUGGCGAAGAUCAAGGUUGCGGGGGUGGUCUUAUGGAUGAGGCCUUUAAAUUCAUUGAACAAAACAAUGGCCUGACAACUGAAACAAACUAUCCAUACAAGGGAACUGAUGACACUUGCAACAAAAACAAAGCAGCAAACCAUGCAGCCAAGAUAACUGGGUAUGAAGAUGUGCCUGCCAAUAGUGAGAGUGCAUUGUUGAAGGCUGUUGCAAAUCAACCAAUCUCUGUAGCAAUUGAUGCAGGUGGAUCUGACUUCCAAUUCUACUCGAGUGGAGUCUUUACAGGAACUUGUGGCACUCAACUAGACCAUGGGGUCACUGCCAUUGGUUAUGGGACCGCAACUGAUGGGAUGAAGUACUGGCUGGUUAAAAACUCAUGGGGCACAGGAUGGGGUGAACAAGGGUACAUAAGGAUGCAGAGAGACAUUGAUGCUCAGGAAGGCCUAUGUGGCAUUGCAAUGAUGGCUUCAUACCCCACCGCAUAAGGUUAAAAAAUGAAAGUUCAUACGUAGAAUAAUAUGUAUCACGGGUAUAUUCUACAUUUCUCAGCUCUUGGUUGUUCAUAGCUAUUGCAAAACUUUGUGUAUUUCCUAUAUGGAUCAAUGUAAAAUUAGUCUUAUUAAUAUGGACAACAUAUCAAUUUCUUUCCAUGAACUCACUUGUUGAUAUAGUUGUCC